AUGGGAAUCCAGACGGAGCAAGUUAAGUUCAGAAAAUUCAGUCGGACAAAAUUUGUCAAGAAGCUCCAAAGAUGGCAUACGAAUUUUUCACCGGCUCACGACCCUGAUCUGAAGACGAGCAAGCUUCGCUUGGAGAUAACAGUAUUAGUACUCACGGUAGCCGCGGCGAUAUUACUAUGUGGUCAGUUCGGCAGUUCCAAAGAUUUCGAUGCGAUGUUUCGUUCGAGAUUUUCUUAUUUUGGAGAUGAUAUUACAGAUGGCGAUGAAUUUGAUUACAUCGUGGUGGGCGCGGGCGCUGCUGGCAGUGCGGUCGCCGCACGGCUUGCACUCGCCGGCAAGCACGUGUUAUUGGUGGAGGCGGGCGGCGAUCCAAAUAUAUUGACUAAGAUACCAAGAGCGUCAUUGGCAUUGGGUAAUUCUUUUCUUGACUGGUCAUACGACACACUGCCUAACGAAAAGUCUUGUCUUGCCUCUAAGGGGCGACGCUGUCGUUUUACCCGCGGACGGUGCCUCGGUGGCUCCACCAGCAUCAACUACAUGAUGUAUACACGUGGACACAGAGAAGACUAUGAUUUUAACAUUUCUGGAUGGACAUGGAAAGAUAUCGAACCAUAUUUUCUUAAAUACGAAGGCCUACAAGACUUGAAUCUUCUUCCUAAAUCAUCAGCAGCAUAUCACAAUACUUCUGGGGUAGUUUCGAUUGGCUAUUUCGGAGAUUCUGGUAAUCCGUGGCACAAAAGAAUUAUAGAAGGUAUGACAUCUCUCAAUUUUCCAUAUAAUCCAGAUGUAAAUGCUGAAUCUCAAAUUGGCGUUUCCAAAGUCUUAGGUUUUACUUCGGGAGGUGAACGGGUAAGCACAGCCAAAGCUUAUUUAGAACUGGAGGGUGUUCAGAGAAAUUUAAAAAUAGCAAAGAACACACAAUGUACGGGAGUUAUUAUUGACGAGAACAACACGGCGCGAGGAGUUACAGUGUCCAGAAGUGCAAAUGAAACAUUACGAUUAUAUGCAAAAAAUGAAGUCGUUCUCAGUGCGGGAACUAUUGGAAGUGCACAAUUAUUAAUGCUCUCUGGUGUCGGACUAAAAGAACAUUUAAGAGAAUUCGGUAUUCCAGUUAAGGCGGAUUUGUCUGUUGGCAAUGAAAUGUCAGAUCAUGUACUACCGCUUGUUAACAUCAAAGUUGAUCAUGAUGCUAUUUCAGCUUCAAAUCCUUUAUCAAUUGGAUUGAAAGGCAUUGAAGCUCUACAAUGGUUAACUACUAGAACUGGACCGAUGACGUCAAAUAGUUUGACUGACGUUACAGCUUUUCUUAAUUCAAAUUGUUACAACUUUACUCUCAAACGCUUAGUGAACGAUAGACCUGAGUGCGCAAUACCGAAUUUACAGUUUAUAUAUGCUUAUGUACAUAAGGGAGUUGCAAAUAUAGCGCAUACUUUUUCCGACAGUUUUUUACCGAUUGCUGGAGAAGUGCUUGAACAGACAAUAUCAGCUAACGACGAAAGUAGUUUCAUUGUCAUAUCACCUGUGAUAAUGAGACCCAAGUCACGGGGCUGGAUGCGUUUAGCAAGUUCAGACCCACUCGUGCCGCCUGCCAUUAAUCCUAAUUAUUUAUCCGAAGAAAGCGAUGUUAAAGAAAUGGUUGAAGCUAUAAAAAUCAUCGAGCAAAUGGUUGAAACGCCGAUAUAUAAGAAAUACAACGCAUCGAUACACCGAUUAAAAAUAUCUGGCUGUCCUGAUGUAGAUAAAAAUGGCUACUGGGAAUGCUAUGUACGCCAUAUGACAAAUUCAGUGUACCACGCUGUCGGUACGGCAGCGAUCGGCCGCGUUGUGGACGAGCGUUUGAGGGUUAAAGGGAUAAAAAACCUUCGAGUGGGUGAUGCAUCAGUAUUGCCCCAUCUACCGCGCGGAAACACGGCUGCCGCUAUCAUAGCGAUAGGGGAACGAUUAGCAGAUUUCUUAUUACAAGAUCAAUGGUUGUCACGAUAAAAAAACGACUAUCUGCUUUUUGUAAAUAAAAAUGGCAAAUGAUGCACAGAUGUUUCCGAGGAGUACAGUACAAAGAGGAUUAGAAUUUUCGUGUCCAAGUAUUUCUUUUGGAAAAGAAUUAACCGUGUCGAACUCAUUUGUGAGGCAAGA